ACUUUGUUUUACUGAUUUAUUUAGCAUGAAAAAAGCAGUGUCGCUGAUAAAUGCAAUAGAUAUAGGAAGAUUUCCACGAUUGCUCACCCGAAUUCUUCAAAAACUGCACCUGAAGGCUGAGAACAGUUUCAGUGAAGAAGAGGAAGAAAAACUUCAAGCUGCAUUUUCUCUAGAGAAACAAGAUCUUCACCUAGUUCUUGAAACAAUAUCAUUCAUUUUAGAACAGGCAGUAUAUCACAAUGUGAAGCCUGCAGCUUUGCAGCAGCAGUUAGAGAACAUUCAUCUUGCACAAGACAAAGCAGAAGCAUUUGUCACUACUUGGUCUUCCAUGGGUCAAGAAACAGUCGAAAAAUUCAGGCAGAGGAUUCUCGCUCCCCACAAGCUAGAGACGGUUGGAUGGCAGCUUAACCUUCAGAUGGCUCACUCUGCUCAAGCAAAACUAAAAUCUCCUCAAGCUGUAUUACAGCUAGGAGUGAGCAAUGAAGAUUCAAAGAAUCUGGAGAAAGUUCUUGUAGAAUUCAAUCACAAGGAGUUGUUUGAUUUCUAUAACAAGCUAGAGACCAUCCAGGCACAGCUGGAUUCUCUUACCUGAUGUUCCUGAAGACCGCUUUCCCCAUCACACUCCUGCCACUUCAUCAUUUUGCUUUGAAGACAGAUUGCCAGGUUGUGUUUUCUGAAGGAUUCAGUAGUUUUCUUCUUGUAAAUUAUAUGGUUUAUCACUUCUUAGACAAAUAGUAGCUAAAGGAAAUAAUUUUCUGAGGAUUAAGAUUCUAAUAUACAUUCUCUAGUUCCAUGAGCCAACAGCAAGCAAGCAAUUGUUAAGAAUACUCUCGCUUUCAAAAAAACAAAAGUGAACACCAUAUUGUUUUUAC